AUGUCGGACUGGGACACAGACAGCGAUGAGGGGGCCGACAUGGCUCAGCCGUCAUUUUCUUCCGGGUACCUGCGGCAGCCGCCGCCGCCCCCUCCGCAGAGUCAUACCUCCAUAGCGGGCGGCGGCGGACGAAGGAGCGCUGAGUGGUGGCGAGAGGAUGCGGCAGCGGCAGUGCCCGGCCUCGGAGAGGAGGAGUGGGAGCCUCGAGGCGCUGAGAGCUCCCUUGGCCCAGGAAAGGCGGCGCGGCAGUGGCGGUCCCGAGCUACGGCCAGCCGGCACGAUGACGCCGCGGCACCUCUUUGCUUCCACCUCGAUAGCGCCCUCGUCGGGGCUCUCAUAGGUCGGGGUGGAAGUAAAAUAAGAGAGCUUGAGGAUUCUUCAGGUUCCAGGAUAAAGGUGAUAAAGGGAGACUAUAAAGCUGAAGUAAAGAUUUUUGGCAGCGUUGCUGUACAAAACAAAGCCAAGAUGCUGAUUGAUGAUGCUCUUACAAGAUCUGGACAAAACUACAAUAGAAGUGGGAAUGACAAAGGAAAAACCUUGGACGCUAUCAAGCCUGAAGAUAACCCAAUGCAGUCAGUGAUUAACUGGGCCUAUCUUCGAGAAAACAGAGCUAAAUAUGAAGCUAUGAAGUGGGCAGACUUGCCUCCAAUAGAGAAAAACUUCUAUAGAGAAUCAUCAAGGACAGCAUCUAUGUCACAAGAAGAAGUGGAGCUGUGGCGGAAAGAAAAUAAUAAUAUAGUUUGUGAUGACUUAAAAGAAGGUGAAAAGCGCUGCAUUCCCAAUCCUGUUUGUAAGUUUGAAGAUGUAUUUGAGCAUUAUCCUGAUAUUAUGGCUAAUAUAAGAAAAGCUGGUUUUCAAAAGCCUACACCAAUUCAGUCCCAGGCAUGGCCGAUUAUACUUCAAGGACUUGAUCUUAUUGGUAUAGCACAGACUGGUACUGGGAAGACAUUAGCAUACUUAAUGCCUGGAUUCAUUCACUUGACUUCGCAACCAAUAUCCAAUGAUCAGCGGGGGGGGCCAGGAAUGUUAGUCCUUGCUCCUACUCGAGAACUGGCUCUUCAAGUAGAGGCAGAAUGUUUGAAGUACACAUACAAAGGAAUUAAAAGUAUUUGCAUAUAUGGUGGUGGAGACCGAAAAGGACAGAUAGACGUGGUUACCAAAGGUGUGGAUAUUGUUAUUGCUACUCCUGGCAGACUGAAUGAUCUUCAAAUGAACAACUUCAUAAAUUUGAAGAGCAUAACGUACCUGGUUUUGGAUGAAGCUGACAGAAUGUUGGAUAUGGGAUUUGAACCUCAGAUUAUGAAGAUCCUGAUAGAUGUGCGACCUGACAGACAAACUGUUAUGACAAGUGCUACUUGGCCUGCCGGUGUUCGUCGCCUAGCAAAAUCCUAUUUGAAAAAUCCUAUAAUUGUAUAUGUUGGCACUCUUGACUUAGCAGCAGUAAAUACGGUCGAACAGAGAGUUGUUGUUAUUGCCGAGGAGGAAAAGAGAGCUUUCAUGCAACACUUCAUUGAGUCUAUGAAGCCGCAAGACAAGGUCAUAAUUUUUGUGGGAAAAAAACUUACAGCUGAUGACUUAGCAAGUGACUUAGGUCUCCAAGGAAUUCCAGUACAGUCGCUUCAUGGUAACAGGGAACAGUGGGACCGAGAGCAGGCUUUAGAUGACUUCAAGAAAGGCAGAGUCAGAAUACUGAUAGCUACUGAUGUAGCCUCCCGUGGCCUUGAUGUGCAUGAUAUUACUCAUGUUUUUAACUUUGACUUCCCACGCAACAUUGAAGAAUAUGUUCAUCGAGUAGGUCGUACUGGAAGAGCAGGACGUACUGGAGAGGCAAUAACACUUGUCACUAGGAAUAACUGGAGGUUUGCAUCUGAGCUGAUUGAAAUUCUGGAAAGAACAGACCAAGUUGUUCCUAAUGAGCUUAUGGCAAUGGCACAAAGAUACAAAGAAUAUCAAAUUAUAAAAGAAACCGGGAAGUAUAUACGAAGACCUCAGAGCAAGCCCUCAAGAUAACUGUAAUCCCCUGUAGUAAGAAACAGAAGAACUGGAUUAGUGAAUGUUAAGCAGUAUUUGUCAGGAUGGCUUCAAAAUGCUGUACUUUUGCACUGAUACACAUCACACUUCCCACUGGCAUGCAGUUUUUCCAAAGAUAACAUAGUUAUUUGAAAACUGUUGUUUGCAUUAACUGUUUGAUGAAGUAAGUUUGGUUUGGUUUUUAUAAGUUAACACUGAAAGACAUUUUGGUUUGAUGUGUCUAAGCUUUUUUUGAGAGAAUUCUACAUCUCUUUUUAAUGGAGGAGAGCAUAACAAGAAAUACGUGUCCAUGGCUAACUGCUGAAAAAAAACAGCUUUUACUCUUGUUAUCAUAGAUGUUUUAGUUCCUUAAGCAAGAAAAUUACAAGAGUUUACUAGAGCAAUGUUAACAAAGUCAUGAAGAAAACAUAGGUUUGAAAGUUUGGAUAAAAUUGAUUUGAACUUUACAUUUGGAUAUGGUUCUGUCAGAUUCUUAAUGACACUGGGGUAUGCUUUCAGUCUUUAGAAGUUAUAUGGGAAGCAGCUAUUCCUUCAUUUGAUGCUUGGCCUGAAUUUUAGUCAUGUGUCCUAUAAGUACAUGAAAAAUUAAUAAACUGAAUCUAGUGAGAUAUUUUUUCUGACCUUCCCUCUUUAUUUGCUCAUAAUGGAGAUGAAAUUUGGGCAUUAUUUAAGCGAGUAGGUUAUUUUGCCUUCAAAAAGUUGGUUAAAAUAUGGACUUAGAAUGGUGAGGACUGGAAGCGACCUUAAGAUCAUCUAGUUCCAAAUCCCCUGACAGGGGCAAGUACACUUCCCACUCUAACAGGUUGUUCCAGGCCAUGUCCAACCUGGCUUUGAACACUAUCUUCCCAUAGCUUCUUUAAGAAAAAGUGAAGUUCCCAAAUGCUGUGUAUUAUCACCUGCACAUGUUUAAUAAUAGGAAAUAAUUACAAUUACUCUUUUUUCCGAACAGACUCUUCAAUGUAAGAAAAAGCUGAAUUCUUAUUCAUGCUGCAUUUUUAGCUUUGAAAACCUUUCACAGGGAGACUGUUCCACCUUGGCAUGGGUUGAAGAUACAUUUCUUUCCACAAGAUAAAUCACACAAAUGCUCAUGGCAUAAUAACUUUUACUUUGGUGCAGCACAUUAGAUAACAAUUGCUUCCUAUCCAAAGUCCAGUGAAAAAGAAAAACAAUUUCCAAAGCAAUUCUGAAGACUCCGUAAGUAACUAGUCUAAGAUAAGGAACUUCAUAAUGUUUUGAUAAUAUAUUCUCUCUCUGCUCACUCGUUGUUGGUAAUUGUCCACCCAGUUAAUCUGGAGAAGUUGUUCUGGUUUAUAUAAUAGUAACUCCAGUGCCUUUAUGUUUUGAAAGCAUGAGCAUUUUUUGGAUAUUCUGCAGUGGAUCUUCAUUUUAAAUAAAAUUGUCUUUUGUUCAUUUUAUGCAGUCACUAAUGCCUUUGUUUGGAAUCUUAGAAAUUACAUGUAGGAAAA